AUGGGUUUCUUCUCAUCAAACAGGAGAUACCGCACGGCUUUUACGAGAGAGCAGCUGGCGCGGCUCGAGAAGGAAUUCAUGAAAGAGAACUACGUUUCCAGGCCAAGAAGAUGCGAGCUGGCUGCUCAAUUGCAGCUGCCUGAAUCUACUAUCAAGGUAUGGUUUCAAAAUCGCCGCAUGAAAGACAAACGUCAGAGAAUCGCAGUCGCCUGGCCCUAUGCGGCUGUGUACAGUGACCCUGCCUUCGCCGCCUCGAUUCUUCAAGCAGCCGCCUCUUCCGUGGGCCUGCCUUACGGGUAUCCGUCACCGGCUCUAUUACCCCCCUUCCACAACCCCCAGCUGUUACCAGCCGGCUACCCGUACCCAUACCCCCCUUACCCACGAUACCCCUACAUCCCCCCCACACCGCCAUCUCCCGUGAACCCAGAACCUUCACAGCUGCGGCCGCCAUAUUCGAAUUUCAAUCUGAACGUCGACAAA